AUGCCUGAGCAUCAUUGGCAAGAGGAAGCGGAGAGCGGUCCGAAACACCAUGAAGACCAUCGUGAUCCUGGGAUGUACAUUCCUCGCUGUCGAGCAGGCAUCAUUGGCAAGAGGAAGCGGAGAGCGGUCCGAAACACCAUGAAGGCCAUCGUGAUCCUGGGAUGUACAUUCCUCGCUGUCGAGCAGGUGAUGAUCCUGAUCGAGGAAUACCAGUCCCUCCCGACCAACACCCUCUACGUGAUCGAAGACGUGGAAAAGAUCCCGGCACCGGCAUUCACCUUCUGCCCGAAGCCGUCCACCCUCGGCCGCUUCCCAGACAAUCUCAUCAUGUCGACACAGUGGCGGUUAGAACUCAAAACCUCCACGUACAUAGAGAAAUUCCAGAACAUUUCCAUACCUCUUAUCCGAUUGGUCGAACUGGCUCCCAAAGGUUGGAGGCGUCUGGGAAAUAAGUCAAUAAUCAAUGGAGAAACCAUCUUUCAGCUCGACGGUGUUGGCCAUUGGAGCGAGCGAACCUUUCUCGGGAAUUUCGAGGAAAAGGAACCGUAUGCUCCUUAUUAUUUCAAGUGUUUCUCCAUAUUCCCAAAGAGAGAAAUAACCGCCGGGGAGAAUAGUUGCUCCAAUAUUCUCUUCAAAUUCAAAUUCACGGGAAUCACGACUUCAGACUUCGUGAACAAAAUGCAGAUCGACGUUUACAUCCACGAUAAUUCGGAGGAAUUCACGAAUGUGUUCGGCUUAGCGCCCGAAAAAAUUAGAAUCUUCAACGGCACAAGCACGAGACUCAUGGUACAUCCUCACGUCGUCCAGAGACUGAGCAAAAGGACGGCUCCAUGCGUCGGGGAUUAUGGAUACAGCUAUUCAAGGUGUUGGGAAAACUGUUUCUGGGAACACGUCCAGUUGCACAUGGAUUUGCCGUGCCUCAGUCCCUCCUUCCUUUCCAAGGACGCGAAUCUUACCGCGCCCAAAUGCGCUGAUAUGAGAGCAGAAACUGACCUCCUGUCGAUGUUGCACAAGAUCCACAACAACAGCCUACCCCAGGGGUGGAAGGAAUGCAACUGUCCCAAGCGUUGUAACAUCACCAUAUAUGAUGUGCUUGCCCCCCCAACCGAUGCGUGCGAUGUGGAAAGUGAAAUGAACCUAGGCAUCUAUAAUGCUCGGCUCCUCAUCAGCUUCCCUUCAAAACAAGUCCCUUAUUUUCGGGAGCAGGAGAAAUUGACCCUCCUGGAUGUCCUGUCCAACAUCGGCGGAAUCGUCGGCGUCUGCCUCGGCGCAUCGCUCAUCACAUUAUACGACAUGGUUGAGAUGGCAUUCUCGACCAUCCUCUGGAAAUUAAUGCGGCGGAAAAAUGAGGUCAUUGAUGGCGAUGUGAACGAAUGCAAGGACCCGAACGUGUGCGGUGUCCACGCGCUGUGCGUGAAUCAGCCGGGCACGUACGCGUGCAAGUGCAAAACGGGAUUCCUUGGAGACCCGCCCACUCACCCUUGCAAAGGCAAUGAAGAGGGAAAUGUAGAGUCCCUUUCGGUUCAAGUAUUCGGGAGUUCUGUUCGUCAUCUAAUCAGAAAACGGGUUCAACAUCCCGAAUAUCGAGAAGAAACUCUUGCUAAUGACUUAGAGAUGAUCAUUCUGGAGAUGCCAGUGGAACUGAAUACAGGGGCGUGCAUUCUUUGUACCCAGGAUUCCCAGGGACUUCAGGACUUCUCUCAGUGCAAACUCAUCAGUCACAUGAAAGAUUGGAUAUUCCCUACACCCGAUCCGGUAACCUAUUCCGCAAGGAUUGCUGAUCCGAAGGUUUGCAGGGAGAAAAUCACCAAGGAGAGUCCCCUUCCACUGAAUUCCCUCUGCGUCACCUUCUCCUCCGUCUGGUGUGGGGAACCAGGUGCCCCUCUCAUCUGUCAAGACCAUACAGGGUUUUACAGGUUGGUUGGUCAUUUGUCCAUCCCAACUGGGAUAUGUCAAAGUGAAACCGAGCCUGGGAUCUUUUCCAAUGCAGCCUCUCAAUCAUCUGGGAUUUUCCAGGACACUUUUCUCUUAUACAUUCCUCCUACAAGAACUGUUCGUCCUCAUUCCAACUCUCGAAGUGGCCCACAGUUACAGAACACCAGACUGCGCGGAUUUGGCUAAAUUUGCGCCGCCUCUCCUAAAGCUAGCCAGACGUUGCUGCGUUCUGUUGAUGGCACUACUGUCAAUGCUGUGGGGGAUAUGCCCACACAUGAAAAUAAAACUUGUAUUUUUCAUAUGGGG